AUGAUCCGCAAAGCCAAGACAGUCCUUCUACACCGCAAGUUCAGCGUUGAGGACUUACGCUCCUACUCGCCGGAAGGAUCUGUUGAUCUAUUCUUCUCUAACGCCGUCUUCCAAUGCCUCGACAAAGAUGAGCGAUUCAGUAUUAUCAAGAAAUUGAUAGAGACUCAACUUUCGGGCGGCGUGUUUGCUCUCUAA